AUGUGCUUCGAGUUCGGCUCGUGUUUCCGCGGCGGCAGGACGGACGACUAUGGCGGCGAGCGGUCCAACAGCAACCGCAACGAGGCCGGCGGUCAUGGACGAGGCCGCAGAGGGAACAACAACAGGAACGGCUACUAUGGCGGCGCCGACCACAAGGCGCCGCCGACGGCCUACCAGCAGCCGCCCGCCGCAGUCGAUGAGGCCGGGCACAAAGGCCUAUCACGACCACGCGCUGGCGCCGGUGCCCGCGUCGGUUACACCGCCUACGCGCAACACAAGGCUGAUAUCGAGAGGCCCAAGCUUCCCGCGUGGCACAACAAGGUCAGCGACGAGGCCUACACAGCGCGCCUCCAAGAAGCUGCUGCUGAUCACAGGAACAACGCCACCACGGAUUUCCACCAUUACCCAACUACCGCUCUCGGCAGGUACUAG